AUGGAUAGUAUUAUUCUGGAGGAUGAAGAGUGGACGGGAGAUUGUAGAUUUGUGUGCUACAGACAUCGACAUCAGUACCUUCCCCAUUCUAUACGACAACCGUCUACAAGCUUAGAGAGAAAAAUACAGCAUAAUAGAGAGCAUCCACCACAUUACUUGCCCCGGCUAAGUGUAGUACUACCAGGUAGUACAAGCACUAGUUCUGACCAGAUACCCGUGCUUCCACGCCGACCACAAUUGUCACAUGGAGACGAAUCAAUGACGGUUGUGCUGUCUGCAUUUUAUGCGAAGUUAUUAAUAGUUUUAGGAUUAGCUCUACCAAUCACGAGUACUAUUCAAAAUGAACUAUACACUAACAUUACGUCAGACAUAUUUACUAUGUAUUUGUACAUCACAAGUAUGCUUUUUUUAGCGUACACCUUCUAUCAUCUUCGUAUUACUAAAAAUGGACGAGAAGAUAGCAUAAAACGGAUAAGAUACGGGAGUUUCUACCUGCACAUGGGAGUGGCGGGUUUUAGCGUGGGGUCCAUAAUUUACUCGUGCCUACAAUUUGGCGAAUACUUUGAUCUCUCAGGCGACUGUCAGCUGAUCAUCGUUGCUUUAAAACCAGCACUUCGCAUACUCUUCAUGAUUGCCCAAACAAUAUUUAUUUUUUCUUAUACAGACAUCUUAGAUCCUAUGCGUGGAGUAGUGUUAGACAGAUUUGGUUUAAUGCACCUUAUAGCCACUAAUGUCUGUGAGUGGCUUAAUGUUGUCAUCCAAGAAACAAGAGACGAUAUUGUAGCUGUAGCCUACGACCGUCCCGCACUACUACGCUACACAAAUAUAUCUGGACCAUCCAAAGUCAUUGUUACAGAAGAUCUAUUUAACGACACUUCCAUGGAAAAUUUGGAAAACGUUAGAGACCUUAAUGUCACUGAAAUCAUUCAUGCCAAUAUUACUGCUACGAUAGAAGCCUGGACAUGCAACGUGUCUGAUAUGAUUACACCGUUAAUACGCUCUAUGAAUCCAUACUUAAGGCCUUGUGGAGUGGAGUAUAGCUUAUUGUGCUCUAUAAUAAUAGCGGUUAUUUGGAAUGACAUAUGUACUGUACCAGGAUCGAAAUCGUCCAAAUCUCCAUAUACAAGCAACCAAGCUAAAGAUGAGAAUCGAUGUUGUGGCAGAGUUAAGUCAAACUCUCACUUCUCUGUGGACUGUGGAAGUGCGCAUAAGGGUCUAUUUAUGGGAGUCGCUGUGCUGGCCGGCACUAUAGUUAGCCUAAUGCUCUUCAAUGGACUGUUCCAAAAAGAAAACCACAUUGAACUUGCAUUGCUACAAAUAAACAUAUGGGAAACUAUACUCUUUGUCCUCAUGACCCUUUCCUCCGGGGCAUGUCUUCACCGAAUGCGCGCCCUCACUCUUCGUCGAAUGACGUCUGCAAUGCCUUUAGAACAUGCUCUGUUGCUGAUCACUCAGUGUGGAGUAUAUCUAUACUACUUAUUUCAAAUAAUUGGUGCUGGAUUUCAUUUGCAUCGAUUCCCAGAAUCAAGAAGAGCUACCAGGAUAAUAUCACCUCUUUGUGCUGUGAUACAAAGUUCAUGUCAAACACUUCUGGUCUUGGACGCUUGGUCGCGGCGCUGCGCUAGCGGUAAAGACCGACCUGGUCGCCAGCUUGUGACCUUCCUACUCGUUGGAAACUUUGCACUCUGGCUUCUAAAUCGGGUAAAAAAUGCAAGAGCUGAAUUUCAUCCACUGCAGAUGCAGUUCUAUGGAGUAUGGGCAUGGACACUCAUCACUCAUGUUUCUGUGCCAUUAUUAGUUUGCUACAGAUUUCAAGCAACCGUGUGUUUUUAUGAAAUAUGGAAGAAUUCUUAUAAAAGAAAAAAAAUUAAUGGUGAUGGUUUUGAGGAAGAAAUGGAAUUAAAAAAUCAUGCAGCAUAA